CGGCAGAAUGGUUGUUUCAAUAACGAAACAAUAAAUAUUACAGGUUGAAAUACCAUACGUAUUUCUUACAGACAUAACGUGUAGGCGCUUAGUGUAGUGAUGACCGACAGUUAUGUACGUGACAGUGACAGCUGAAAACUACAUAACAGCUAUCAUGUUAAUUUAGCUGAAAAACCGUUAAAUCUUCGUAAUGGCCGUCGUCUUGUCUCUGCUGUGUCCGUCUGCUCGUCUCGUUAGAGCAUCUCGGUUACGAUUUUGGAAGCUCGACGUCUAUAAACUGAUAACAUGGCCCUCCUUGUCCGUCCAACGUUGUAACACGUCGGAGGGCACUUCAGACUCAUCAGUGGAUCAUCUCAGUUCUGGACUUGAGAGGUACAAGGACUUGCAGAAGUACUUCAAAAGGAGACUGAAGGCAACAUACCACAGAUUCUCUGACAUACCUGAUCACUCAGUGGUCUCGGGACAUCACCAUGUGUAUUUCAUUGAAGGUGAUGGCAUCUACAGAAUGGACAACAGGCAGAGUGAGCUGGAGCCGGAGCUGGUGCUAAAUCUAGGACAAGUCUCGAGACAGGAGGAAAAGACAGGACUCGAUGAUGAUGAGAGGAAGCAGAGGGUUCAGUGGACUGUCCAGAGAAUACGUCUGUCCCCACAGGAAAAGCAUCUUGCUGCCACGCUAAAAGCUAAUCACAGAGAAGAGGCGAGGUGUGUGAUUGUGAGGCUUGGAAAGAGAAAUUCCCCUCAACUGGAUCCUCAACAAAUCAUAUUUACAUUGGACAAAGUCUUUAGCUUUGAGUGGGCCACAGACGAGGUCCUGUUUUACACGACUUUGGAGGGUCUACGCUGCAGCAGAGUGUUUCGUCUGGACCUGACCUCCAGUGGAAGCAGGAUAACUUCUGUUUAUGAGGAAACACAUCCUGAUGUGUUUGUGGAGGUUGCCCUUUCCAGUGACCGACAGAUACUGACCAUCAAUUGCAACAGCAGGACCGCUUCAGAGGUGCUGCUAAUUGAUAUAACAAGAUCCUGUUUAGAGCCUUUCCUGGUUCACCCACGACAACUGGACCUCCUGUACCAUGUGGAACACUGGAAAAGAUGGCUGAUUAUACUGGCUAAUACCGGGCCUGGACAGGAAUAUCAGGUGGUGCAGGCCCCUGUCUCAGAGCCAUCCAUGGUUUCCUGGGUGCCCUUGUUUGACCCUGGCCCUGGCACUACAGUCAAAGACAUGGAUGUGGUCGGAGAUUACUGUGUGUUGGUUGCAAGAACACCAGCCAGUGAACUCAUCCUGAUCGUGGUCCCACUGACCAAUCCCAAGGAAGCAUACACUGUACAGCUUCCUCCCUGGGCCUGUGCUGUCAAAACCAAGAAGCCCAGCAUGGCAGACAAAUGCAGUGUGUUAGAGUUCUUGAUUUCAUCUCCAGUCCGCUCCCCGGUGCCCUACUGUCUAUACCCCAAAGAUGGGCUACUUGUGUCUUGCACGGAAGAUGGGUCCUCACCAGAGAAUCACGGCAAUUACACCACCACACGCUUGGAGGCCUGCAGCCAAGAUGGUACCUUCGUGCCAGUGACACUGUUUCACACAGUACCUGUAGAGGGCUUGAAACAGGCACCACUAUUAGUCCAUGUCUAUGGUGCUUAUGGCAGAGAUCUCAGCAUGGAGUUCUGCCCAGAGGAAAGGCUGCUGCUGGAGCAGGCCUGGGCUCUGGCCUACUGCCACAUAAGAGGUGGAGGAGAGCGUGGUCUGUCCUGGCAAAGACAAGCUCGUGUGGAGGGGAAGCAGAGAGGAGUGGAGGACCUCCAAGCAUGUCUCCAUCACCUUUUCUCUUCAGGAGUGUCCUCUCCUUCACUCACUGCCCUUACAGCCUGCAGUGCUGGGGCUGUGCCAGUGGGAGCGCUGUGCAACAAACACCCACACAUAAUGCAGGCUGUCACGCUACAGGCACCUUUCCUGGAUGUGUUGGGAACUAUGGAGGAUCCCAGCCUGCCUCUAACUUUGGAGGAUAGAGAAGAAUGGGGGGACCCAGUAGGAAACCCAAAACACAGACUCGCCAUCUCCUCCUACUGUCCCCUUCACAACAUUACUCCUCAGCGCUACCCAUCGAUUCUGCUGACGGCCUACAGCGAUGAUGCCAGGGUUCCUCUGGCAGGGGUUCUCAAAUACACUGAGAAGUUAAAGAACGCCAUUCAUACGUACUUCACUAUGAAGCCAAAGUCAGAACGUGAGCCAGCACCGAACAUAGUUCUGAAUAUCCAAUCUGGAACAGAUCACUUUGGACCAGAAGACUUUGAGCUGAUGCUGGAGCAGGAAGCCCUAAAACUAGCAUUCCUAUACACAGAGCUGGGCCUGAACCCUCCUCGGCCUCCACGCAAGAGGAAGAGAUAGCGAGGCUGUCAGGAGGCUGUCCGGAAGCAAGCGACAAUGGCCCAAACAUCUACCAUUACAGCCACAACAACUAGGAUGACACAAUGGUGCCCAAAUCUUGAACAGUUCCAAGGGAAGAAGAAAAGACAACUUCAACACUGAAUGUAUCUGCAAUGGCUCUUUUUAUUAUUAUUUGACAUGCAAAGGAGACGACAAAUAAGAAUCUAAGUGAUUUGAUUGCUGUUGUGAAAAUGUAAUGAAUACCUUUGUCCAUUCAUAUUAGCAUUUAUAAAGGAUGUCCACAACCCCCAAAUAGCAGGCCUUCUCAGAGACGUAGCACUGCUCAGCGUGGUUGGGAUUAAACCGAGUGUGGGUGGAGUACUGAAUCACCAAACCCUCACCUGCUUCUGUCGGAAUACGAGACUUUUGCACCACCUUGCCAUUGUUGACUUGGUGUGUGCUCAUGAGCACCUUCAGCUGGUCUGGUAACUCAUGAAUAGAGGAGAGAUCUGUGAUGACAGACUCUUGACCAAAGUUAAGGACCAUAAGGAAAGCUCGGUCAAGCCCGUCCACCUCUCUGAGGUAAGCAAAGACGCUGGAAUCAGCAUGGACGUAGCAGAACCACCCACGGUGAAGGGGGAGCUCUGACUGACGCAGGGUGUUUAGGAAACGGUACUGAGCCAGAACAGAACCUUCAUCUUUCUUCUGGACCUAAAAGAGAAAGGUUGGCGAGGGGAUACAUGAUCUAAAAUAAAAUAACGAUAUCAGAUGUUUGUCCAGAGUUGAACAUCACUAAAAGAGUUCUGUACCUCCACAUUGACGCUUCUGUAGUCAGGGUGAACAGGCAACCAGGUGGUGUUGUUUUUGUCGCUAAAGCCUGCAUUCAUGUCGGCACUCCACUGCAUUGGAGACCGCUGAGGGUCCCGACUGGCACUCUGCAGUGAAAGGACAGGAAUCAGUUUGGUAUCUUCUGACAAUGAAUGUAUAUGGACACAUUUUAAUGUACAAUAAUUCAAUUGCCAGUUUCUUAGGUACACCUAGAUAAAACAGUCUAGAAUACAAGAAACCUGCAAUA